AUGUUAGGUCACACCGUCCUCGUGGCGGAUUGUUCGAUUGUUACAGAUUUCAAGGGCAUAUAUCUGAUUAUUUGCUACAUGGAACUGGUGGCUAUAUACGCGACAUCCCAGCCGGCUUUAGCUAAAGUAUUUGUUGAAAAAGGUGAGAAAAGCCAAGAAGUUCAGUUUAUUGGUGGAUUUAUGUCUUACCGGGAGUGGGUUGUGUUUCACUGUAACAUUUCCAGAUACAAAGAAAGUAUAAAAAGUGAAUGUAGAUGGGAUAAGUUAGGUCACGACCUCCGAGAGGCUGGUAUUGACUUUUACAGAUAUGUCUGCACAUUGCGGCACAAUACGCCGCGACUGCAGCGACACUUGCCCGCGUGGGAGCGGUGGUAUGUUGCCAACGUGAAGGAAGAAGACUGGGAGAAGGUGAAGGAAGAAGACUGGGAGAAGGUGAAGGAAGAAGACUGGGAGAAGGUGAAGGAAGAAGACUGGGAGAAGGUGAAGGAAGAAGACUGGGAGAAGGUGAAGGAAGAAGACUGGGAGAAGGUGAAGGAAGAAGACUGGGAGAAGGUGAAGGAAGAAGACUGGGAGAAGGUGAAGGAAGAAGACUGGGAGAAGGUGAAGGAAGAAGACUGGGAGAAGGUGAAGGAAGAAGACUGGGAGAAGGUGAAGGAAGAAGACUGGGAGAAGGUGAAGGAAGAAGACUGGGAGAAGGUGAAGGAAGAAGACUGGGAGAAGGUGAAGGAAGAAGACUGGGAGAAGGUGAAGGAAGAAGACUGGGAGAAGGUGAAGGAAGAAGACACCAAGAGACUGAAACAGGUUGAAGAAAGAAGACUGCAAGAGGAUGAAGAAAGAAGACUGCAAGAGGAUGAAGAAAGAAGACUGCAAGAGAAUGAAGAAAGAAGACUGCAAGAGGAUGAAGAAAGAAGACUGCAAGAGGUUGAAGAAAGAAGACUGCAAGAGGUUGAAGAAAGAAGACUGCAAGAGGUUGAAGAAAGAAGACUGCAAGAGGUUGAAGAAAGAAGACUGCAAGAGGUUGAAGAAAGAAGACUGCAAGAGAUUGAAGAAAGAAGACUGCAAGAGAUUGAAGAAAGAAGACUGCAAGAGAUUGAGGAAAGAAGACUGCAAGAGAUUGAAGAAAGAAGACUGCAAGAGAUUGAAGAAAGAAGACUGCAAGAGAUUGAAGAAAGAAGACUGCAAGAGGUUGAAGAAAGAUCCCAAGAGCUGCCAGAGUUGAAGAAAGAAGACACCGAGAGGUUGAAGAAAGAAGACGCCGAGAGGUUGAAGAAAGAAGACACCGAGAGGUUGAAGAAAGAAGACACCGAGAGGUUGAAGAAAGAAGACUGCAAGAGAUUGAAGAAAGAAGACACCGAGAGAUUGAAGAAAAAAGACACCGAGAGAUUGAAGAAAAAAGACACCGAGAGGUUGAAGAAAGAAGACUCCGAGAGGUUGAAGAAAGAAGACCCCAAGAUCUGCAAGAGGCUGAAGAAAGAAGACCCCAAGAUCUGCAAGAGGCUGAAGAAAGAAGACCUCCAAGAGCUGCAAGAGGCUCAAGAAAGAAGACCUCCAAGAGCUGCAAGAGGCUGAAGAAAGAAGAGCCCAAGAGAUGCCAGAGGUUGAAGAAAGAAGAGCCCAAGAGCUGCCAGAGGUUGAAGAAAGAAGAUCCCCAAUAGCUGCCAGAGGUUGAAGAAAGAAGACCCCAAGAGCUGCCAGAGUUGAAGAAAGAAGAUCCCCAAGAGCUGCCAGAGUUGAAGAAAGAAGAUCCCCAAGAGCUGCCAGAGGUUGAAGAAAGAAGACCCCAAGAGCUGCCAGAGUUGAAGAAAGAAGAUCCCCAAGAGCUGCCAGAGGUUGAAGAAAGAAGAUCCCCAAGAGCUGCCAGAGGUUGAAGAAAGAAGAUCCCCAAGAGCUGCCAGAGGUUGAAGAAAGAAGACCCCCAAGAGCUGCCAGAAGUUGAAGAAAGAAGACCCCCAAGAGCUGUCAGAGGUUGAAGAAAGAAGAUCCCCAAGAGCUGCCAGAGGUUGAAGAAAGAAGACCCCAAGAGCUGCCAGAGUUGAAGAAAGAAGAUCCCCAAGAGCUGCCAGAGUUGAAGAAAGAAGAUCCCCAAGAGCUGCCAGAGGUUGAAGAAAGAAGAUCCCCAAGAGCUGCCAGAGGUUGAAGAAAGAAGAUCCCCAAGAGCUGCCAGAGGUUGAAGAAAGAAGACCCCCAAGAGCUGCCAGAAGUUGAAGAAAGAAGACCCCCAAGAGCUGUCAGAGGUUGAAGAAAGAAGAUCCCCAAGAGCUGCCAGAGGUUGAAGAAAGAAGACCCCAAGAGCUGCCAGAGGUUGAAGAAAGAAGAUCCCCAAGAGCUGCCAGAGGUUGAAGAAAGAAGAUCCCCAAGAGCUGCCAGAGGUUGAAGAAAGAAGAUCCCCAAGAGCUGCCAGAGGUUGAAGAAAGAAGAUCCCCAAGAGCUGCCAGAGGUUGAAGAAAGUAGACCCCAAGAGCUGCAAGAGUUGAAGAAAGAAGACCCAAAGAGGCUUAUUGAGCAUUUACGUCCGUCCGUCCGUCCGUCGCGCCUGUUCGUCUUCCCUUUGUCACUACAACUAAACACGUUUCAAUAGCAAACUAAAUUAACAAUAACAUUCAAAAAGUAAGAAAUACGACAGAAGCUGAAGAAGGAAGACUACGACUAGAAGCUGAAGAAGGAAGACUGCGACUAGAAGCUGAAGAAGGAAGACUGCUACUAGAAGCUGAAGAAGGAAGACUGCUACUAGAAGCUGAAGAAGGAAGACUGCUACUAGAAGCUAAAGGAAGAAGAUUGCGACUAGAAGCUAAAGGAAGAAGACUGCGACUAGAAGCUGAAGAAGGAAGACUGCGACUAGAAGCUGAAGAAGGAAGACUGCGACUAGAAGCUGAAGAAGGAAGACUGCGACUAGAAGCUGAAGAAGGAAGACUGCGCCUAGAAGCUGACGAAGGAAGACUGCGACUAGAAGCUGAAGAAGGAAGACUGCGACUAGAAGCUGAAGAAGGAAGACUGCGACUAGAAGCUGAAGAAGGAAGACUGCGACUAGAAGCUGAAGAAGGAAGACUGCGACUAGAAGCUGAAGAAGGAAGACUGCGACUAGAAGCUGAAGAAGGAAGACUGCGACUAGAAGCUGAAGAAGGAAGACUGCGACUAGAAGCUGAAGAAGGAAGACUGCGACUAGAAGCUGAAGAAAGAAGACUGCUACUAGAAGCUGAAGAAGGAAGACUGCGACUAGAAGCUGAAGAAGGAAGACUGCGACUAGAAGCUGAAGAAGGAAGACUGCUACUAGAAGCUGAAGAAGGAAGACUGCGACUAGAAGCUGGAGAAGGAAGACAGUGGGGACGAAGAAAAAAUAUGAAAUUACUUAAGCGAUGGUAGCUAAAAGAAAAUUAAAAAUCAAAGGGAGAGGAAUGAAAAUGAAGAAAAGAAGCGCGAUGGCAUGAUGACCAACAAAAAAAUUGCCUGAUUACGAGAAGAGAUGAACGAGAUGAACGAGAUGAUUGAGCUGGUGGAGUGAAGAUUUAAGUAAUGGACAAGAUAUAACGAGAAUUAAAGAAACAUAAACAAAAAGUCAUAGUCACAGUCUAAAACAGCAUCGUGUGGAGGUCUAGAAAGAAGAUGAAGAUAAAAGGCGAAGAGAAAUUGGAUAUAAAGUAAAAUAGAGAAACUGAACGUAAAGGGGUAUAGAAUAAGAAGAGAAAAACAAGAGUGAAGAUGAAGAAAAAACACUGGCAGGAAAUUAAGAAAAGUGAAGACUAAGAGAAAACAGGAUAGUAAUGAUGUCAAGCUGAAAGACGAAGAAAGAAAACUGAAGAAGUAAGACAAAACAAUAGAUGCUGGAGACGAUAAAGCACCAAAAACCAGAAAGCGAAGAUUGGUAAAGAUUCUUGUAAAAAGAGAGAAGAAGCCAAGCUUCUUUACUGACAGCUACAUUAAGAAGAAAUUGAGUAAAGGUUAAAAAUACGUUCCCAACAUGGAAACUAACAAGCCUAAUGCGACAACGGAUAGGGAUGGAGACUGAAGCCAAAAAAAAUACAAAAAUCAUCAAUCAAAAAUAACAUCCACAUAAAUGAAGACCGAAGAGCAACGGGACUAGGAAUAACAUCGAUGGCGACAGAGAAAAAAAUACAGCCACUACAUAAAGUUGAAAGGACACACCACCACGAAAAACGCUUGUGCAAUACAAUUUAUACUUAUCUGUUAAUAUACCGUACACAAAUU